AUGUCGAUUUCUGACAAGGAGCUUCAAAAGCUAGUUAAACAAAAAGAUCCUCGAGUGAUCUUUGUAAGUCUAUGUGGAAAUUGAAAAUAAUUCAAAACAUAAUUUUCAGGGUGAAGCUUUCCGGAAGGAGUCAGUCUUGCUUGUGCUAUUCCGACGAGAUGCAGACGAAGAUUUCAAAGAGACUGGAAAAGCAGUUUGCACUAACUGUUUCCAAUUACUCGCCGCCACCGACGGCAGCCAUGUAACGCGACAUGUCACAGAACGAUGUAAAAAACGAAAAAUCGAUAAUGUUGAAUGCACUGACGAGGAUAAUUCGAGGUUCAAGCAAAAAAAGAUCACGCAGUUUAACGAGAAAAGGCUCUCCACCAACCAAGUGGCUGGGAUCACCGAUGCUACUGCGAAAUUCUGCCUUCGAAGCGGGAAGUCUUUCAAUUUUUGUUCGUCGAACCAUGUUCAACAGUUCACGCUUGAAGUUGUCAACUCAGUGUAGGUGCUUGUUUUCUAAACCAGUUUUAAUUGGAUAAUUUUCAGUUUGCCCGGUUUCACUGCUGACACACUGAAACAACUUCCAGGACGGACGACAGUCCAAAAGUACACUGAGAAACACGCAACGGAACUUAUUAUAAAAGCUUUUCAAACAGUAGGAUAUUUAUUGGAAAAAAAUAUAUCAAUUGGAAUCUUUUUCAGGUGUCGAAGUAUGCAGGAACUCGACUUAACCUUGUGUUGGAUCAUGGGAAACUAAUCAAUAACUACUUGAGCUUUUUCGGAAGUUUCAUUGACGAAGAUUUCUCUCUGCAAUUAGUCCCUCUUGGAUUCACUCCUGCACUAGACGGGAAAACGAAUACGGAAACAGUGAAACUGAUUGUCAAAAGAUUCGAAGAAUUCGGAAUCGAUGAAGACAAAGUUAUGUCUUCACGCGUGACUGCGGACGGUGCAUUAGCUGGACUGGGAGCACAUUUCCGAAAAUGUAAGUUGUAUUCUAUGAAACAAAAGAAAAAAACUGAUUAUUUUCUAGACAUUCGCUGUGUCAAUCAUUCGUUGAAUCUUGUCGCACAGCGAACAGUUAAACUGCUCGAUGUACACAAAUCGCAUUUCAAUGAAGAGGAAAUCAAAGUUUUGAAACACGUAGAUGGACUAAUGGAAGAUGCUCAAAAAGUUUCGAAUGCAAUCAGAACAAAUGUGAAUUUGUGCGCAAGUUUGUCAAAGUUGCCACCUCUCAGUGUCGAGACCCGUUGGCUCAUCGGACUGAAAUGUCUAUCUGGAGUGCUCGAUCUAUCUGAUGAAAUUCAGAGCAACUUCAGUUCUCUGUCGAAAAUCGGAAAAGAAAGCUUCAAUAGACUGAGCGUUGAGUCCUUCAAAGCUGCAAAAACAGUUGUGAAAUUCUUCGAGGACAUCGUGAACUACAACGAUAUCUUCCAGGUAAAAUUUUUUUGAACUGCUUAUUCAAACAUUCUUUUACAGAGUCAGAAAGCAGUGACUUUGCACUUGGUGCUGCCUGCAUAUAAGCGUCUCAGGAAUCGUUGGGAAAACUACUCAAAACUCGACUUCGAUAGUUUCGAUGAUGAUGUAAUGGAUAUUGGAGUCGUGGAAGUUUUGGCUAAAGCGGCAUUGCUAUCACUUUCCCACUACUAUGCUCAAUUCGAUGAUAUCCACUUUGCUGCUGUCAUGCUUUCGCCACGAACGAAGAAAAUGACUAUGUUCUCUUCAGAAGACGUGACGCGUGCAAAAAAGUGUAUCCGUGGCCUGCUUCCAAGAGAUCCCACGCCACCAAAAGAAGUGAAAAAAACUGAGAAAACGGAUAUCAUUGAAUCACUAUAUCAAUCUGUGAGUGACACCCCCGAAGAUCACAAUGAAAUAGAUGAACUAAAUUUGUAAGCUUCAACAUUUUUUACAUAAUCGAUGUGUUAAUGUUACAGAUAUCUUGGCGAGUUCACAGUUUUGUCAGAAACUGUUGAGGAUUACUGGAGAAAGAAACGAAACGAGUUCCCGACGUUAUAUGAAGUUGCUGCUCAAGUUUUUUCAGUAAUUCCAAGCGAAAGUAUCUGUGAAACAUCGUUCAGCACUGCCGGAUACCUACUGGACAAAAGAAGAACACGACUUCGUUGCGAAAAAGCGGAACUUGUAGUGCUCGGAGCACAAAUCGCUUCGAAGUAUCCAAACUGGAUUGA